AAAAUUUUUGGCUACAAACAUCUGGCAACUUUGGUUAGAAGCGACUUCUGAGAGAAUUCGGCGUAUGUGACGUCCAUUUUUGUCGAUGUGCGGAAACUAGAAGUAUUCGUGAAAUAUAACAAAGCAAAAUGAAGUUAAAUAUAUCUUAUCCGGCAACUGGCUGUCAAAAAUUAAUUGAGUUUGAUGAUGAACGCAAAGUGCGCAUAUUUUAUGAAAAAAGAAUGGGACAAGAAGUUGAAGCAGAUGCACUUGGAGAUGAAUGGAAGGGCUAUGUAGUUAGAAUUAGUGGUGGAAAUGACAAACAAGGAUUUCCAAUGAAGCAGGGAGUUUUGACUGCAGGACGUGUUAGAUUGUUGCUAUCAAAAGGCCAUUCCUGCUAUCGUCCUCGACGUACCGGAGAGAGAAAACGUAAAUCAGUACGUGGAUGCAUUGUAGAUUCUAAUCUCAGUGUCAUAUGUUUGGUUAUUGUGAAGAAAGGCGAGCAAGAUAUUCCUGGUUUGACUGACACCACAAUUCCACGUCGUUCUGGUCCCAAGAGAGCAAGUAAGAUAAGAAAACUUUUCAACUUGUCAAAAGAGGAUGAUGUGCGCCAGUAUGUAGUGAGAAAACCUCUUCCCCAGAAGGAAGGGAAAAAGCCUAGAACAAAGGCUCCAAAGAUCCAACGAUUGGUUACUCCUAUCAUGUUGCAGAGAAAGCGUCAUCGCUUGGCCUUGAAGCGCAAGAGGGCACAGAAACGUAAAGACCAGGCUGCUGAAUAUGCUCGGCUGUUGGCCCAACGUGCCAAGGAGGCAAAGGAAAAACGUGCUGAGGAAAUAAGGAGGAGACGUUCAGCAUCCCAGAGGGAAAGUUCUUCCUCUGCCGGUAGGACUGUCAGUCAAAGUUAAUUUGGAUUAAUGAUAAAAAAAUACAGUUCUAUCAAAAAAAUGAAAAAUAAAUAAAUAUUCUGAAUUUUGC